AUGCUGCCAGCCACCCUCAAGCUCUGCUGUGGCAUCGCCCAUGACCAUCUCCGCCGCCUGCCCGGCUUGAAGAUAACGGCCAUUGCGGCGAUACAGAAGGACGUGAGAGGAUCCCAUCGCCUGCCUUCCAAAAUCCCUCAGUAUAUUCAGAGGCUGAUGGGGAAGGAGAUAGCCACACGCUCAGAACCUGAUGGAGACAUCAGCCCCAGCCAGCUCUCCAGCCUGGACCUCUCCUACAUCACCCAGGGAGAAAUGGCCCUGCAGGGAGCCCUAAGCAUCCUCCAGCAGCACAGCGGCUGGCAGGCAGAAACCACGCUGGACUCCGGUGCCACCGUGGCCAGUGCCACCCUCCCAGGGCUGGGCAAGGUGUUUCGGGCAGAGGUGGUCCUGGCCGUGCCGGUGGCCCAGCUGCACCAGGAGCUGUUUGAGAGGAUUGAGGAAAUGCCCCAGUGGAACCCAACCCUCAGCCGGGUGAAGGUGCUGCAGCGUGUGGGGACAGACACUUUGGUGACACACGAGGUCACCUCUCCCAGCCCGGGCAACCUGGUGGGCCAACGGGACUUCGUCAGCGUGCGGCACCGGGGAAGGAGGGACACAGCCAUCUACCUGGUGGGCACAGCCACCCACUUUGAGCCGCUGCCCUCGCAGGAAGGGUGCAUCAGGGCCGAGUCCCAGCUGAGCUGCAUCGUCCUGCAGCCGCUGGCAGGGGACCCCAGCCAUACCCGCUUCACCUGGCUCCUCAGCGUGGACCUAAAGGGCUGGAUCCCCACCUCCGUCCUUAACCGUGUCCUGCCGCAGUCCCAAGUAGACUUCAUCAAGCACCUCCACCAGCACCUCUCCACCACCUCAUGUCCCUGA